GAGGACUCUUAUGUGCAGUGAUAUCUUGGUAGCAAGAGGAUAUUUAUGCGAAUGACUCUCUGGCCAAUGUUUAUUGGGAGGUCUGCGGAAGUGUAGAUGGCAUUGCUUUGCAGGGCACUGGAAGAAGUACAAUCAUGAAGUCAUUUGCAUUGAGCAACACAGGAUCCAGGUUGGGAGUCCAUGGACCCUCGCCUCCCUCCAGGGUGAUAAAAACAACAGCCAGGUGCUGCUGCUGCAGCAAAGCCAGUUACCGCCACCAAGUUAUCAAGACUUCCCGUCCGCCAGUGCUGGUAAAAAAACCGGCCAGCCGCAGCGACUGCACAGUCAAUUACCAAGCUCCUGCUGCUCUUUGGGGAAGACGGUCAGCUGUCCGGAACGUUGUCGAAGAACACCCUGCGCGGCUGGCAGGAAUAAUAGGUUGGUGGGCGGCCUGGCGAGACCUACUUUUCCAUGUAUUCGCCAGAUACAUCCUUGGAUUUAUCCCCCAUGUCUCCUUGAGUGAUGCGACAGGAUUUCCCAGGGCAAAUGGACAAGAGGAGGCACACAACCCUGUCCAUCCCAGACAACGGAGGAAGGCAGGUUGCAUAGUACGCCGGAAACUGAAUACCAACAGCCUAAGGAUUCAGGCAAAGAAGAAGGACGAGCAGGGAAAGGGUAAUGGAGAUGGGGUUUUGGUGGGCUGUGAUUGCAAUGGGGAAGUGGCAGAUGUCUUGCAGAAAUCAGAGGAGCUGGCACGGACUCGACAAUUGGUGGAGACUGCAAUGCUUGCAGCGACGGCAGGACUAGCAUUCUUCAUCACAAACCUUCUGCGACUGGAGGGGUAUAUAGGGUGUUUUCUUCCCCUUCCGCCAGUAAUUGCAGCAUUGCGGUGGAAUGCUGCCGCCGGGCGAAAAACGAUGGUAGCGACAUUGCUAUUGCUGUUCAUCAUCGGCGGCCCUCUGAAGGCGGUAUCGUAUGUGUUACUCCACGGCAUGUUGGGCAUGGUUAUAGGAGGGCUAUGGAGUUGGCAUGUGAGCUGGACGUCCUCGUUGCUGCUCUGCAAGCUUGUGCGGAUGUUGGGGCUGAUACUGUCUGUGGCUAUGUCGUCCUGGUUCAUAAAAGAGAAUCUUUUAGCAUUGUUGAUCAAUCAAGCACAUGCGUCGCUGGGGCAACUGUGUGUUUUCCUCGGAAUCAAUGCCUCUCCCAGUGUUUCCCUCAUCAUCAUGGCUGUGUGCGCACUGAUAUUCCUAAACUGCAUCGUCUUUGUGUUUCUGUUACAUGUGCUUCCGGUCGCCUUGUCGAUGUCGCCUUGCGCUUCACUGCACGGUUGCCGAGCUGCACGUCCGCUUGCCCCGUCGUUUCUUGGAGUCGUCUUUGCAGGGGCAGCGCCGGCCGUGAGAUUGCAUCAAGUACCUUGCAAGUUAAGCGGUGUAGCUGUUCAACCAACUAUGGCUUCACCCGGAGAGUUACAUCGUGGAGCAGCCGCGUGGUUAUGUACUCUGGAAAGGGGCCAGCGGAGGCUGCAGCUGAUCGUGGGUGAGCUGUAUCUCCAAAAGCAGCAGGGGACGGAGGUUGACAGGGGGGCGAUUUCACUGCUUGUCUGGCUGGCUGGUAGGAGCCAGGAUAUGCUGGCGAUCAUCUGGGAGCUGGAAGAGGGGCCAGCUUCUCAGCUUGAUCCCAUCAUUGAUUGGAGCCAGGCGGAUGAGCUGUUGAAUGUCUGUUAUGCCCGCUCCGAAGAGGGUGUCGCCCUCCGUACAGAGUUGGAGGACAGCAUAGGUUACCUUGGUGGCACCCGCAUCAUUGACGACGACUAUAACACCGUCACCAACAACAAUACCAACAACAACAACAACAGCAAUAAUACCAACAACUUUGGUGGCUGCGAGGACUGCACCGAGUGCACUGACAAAGGUAAGCCUGGUGGACGUGAGGACAGCAUCGGAGGCAAGAGCGGCACCUGCACCAUCGGAGGAUGAUAACACUGAUUCACACCAACGUCGAUAACAGCAACAACGAAGAUUACAACAACAUCAACAAUACUCGUUCUACGCUCUCUCCCCGCGUGGCGCGAAUGGAGUUGUCGCCUCCCGUCGCUCGCCUUUCUGCUGGGAGGGGAGGAGGUUACAUCCCGUCUGAUGGCUCAAGUACAGGAGGGUUUCCCUGCACCCUGCCUUCCUUCGAUGACAUGGCUGAUGCUAAUGAAUUUGGUACAGGUAC